AUGGCUACUGAGGGGACAACACCUCCCCAGGAGGCAUCAGACGAGUUCCAUGGUGAUGCAAAGGUAUCUGCUGUACCCAAAGGUGAACAUGAAGUGACUGGGGGUUCUGAAGACGCAGAGGAUGUCCAAGGUGUAGCAGAGGAUGUCGUGCAACUUGCCAGCACUUCCAUGAAGGAGCAAGUGAAUGAUUUCAUGAUUCGGGCAUCAGUCGCUUUGGGUGUUCGGACCUCAGACCUGGAGCAGCAGGUCCAGGAGCUUACCGAGAAGCUAAGCAACAAGGAAGAGGAGCUUGAGGCAACCAGAGAAACACUGAGGGGAUCCUCACCAUUGCCAACAACGAGGAGGCUGGGUUCGGAUCCUCCAUCCCCAUCCGGCGUGGUUAGCAGCUCCUCUCUGGAGGAGGCCGUGAAGCUGCUGGAAGACCUGGUGUCGCGCAUCGAGGCCGUGUCACGCAGCCACGCCACAAGCCUCGCCCGGAGCAGCGUGGGGUUCAUUGUGGAUGCGCUGCUGUCGAGGGGCCGGGAGAAGAGCUUCAAGGCCCUGAUCGACGCCGUCGGUGCGGACACCAGACAGUUUGUCCAGUCGCAGGGGCCUGGGUUCCACUCCUUGGUCGCUCAGAAGCAGCAUGGCAACGACGCCGCAAAUACAGGGUCGUAG